AUGGCUCCGCCACAUCAAACUCCCCAAUCGGGAGCCCAGCGUCAGCAGGGACUUCCAGGAGCCGAUACGCCAGAGAUGGGGUCUCUUCGUCGAGCAUCAUCCUUUCGAGGUGGUUCCCGACGAGGCCGAGGUAGGGGUCGACCGGGUGGUCGCGGAGGCAAUCGAGGAGGUAAUCGAAAUAGCCAGUUACCACUAAGCGCAAGUACCGGCGUUCUUGGUCGGCCUGGUCAAGCGACGACGAUGUUGCCGCCAGCAUUUCAGCAGCCAGGCAUUUCGUUACCAUUUAAUACGGGUUUCCAGCAUCGCCCCUCAGGAUCUAUAUCGUCUCGACAGCUGUCAGCAGGCUUGGCGACUGGCGGACCGCCAUCCAGCCAACCUACUACGGGAUACUCAACUAUUACGGCAUCUAGGACUCCCCGACUAUCUGUUGCUGACCAUCCAAACCCAUUGAGAAGUCACCCUACUCAGGAAUAUUUGGAUGUACUUGCUACUGGAUCUCAAGAGGCUCUUGAGAAGUACGUACCAGGACCCCUGAGACAUUUGCAGCCGGCCACGAACCUGCCGGCUCCCCCGUCAACCGCCACGCACCAGGCAGGUGUACCAAAAGCGUCGUCGCGAGCGCUACUACCGGUGCCCGAGUCGUCGGGAGCAACAACUUCGUCCGUCACGGCAUCCGCAUCUGGGGUUAUUCCACGUUUCAGGGCAGAAAACAUCAACCCUUACCUCUCAGACGUCGAUCUCGGUAGAAAGCAUAGGGACAGUCUGGAAAUAUCCAGCGUGAAGAAGGUACCCAAGCGCACGCCGCCCAGGGCAAAGGGAAAGUUCAGCAUGGAUGCGUCCAACAUCGACCAGACGAUCCCCGAGUUACCAGAGCAGAUUCCGGAAAGUGUGAAGGAGAAUAAUUACAAUCAUAAUAAUGAUCAUUAUUAUGGUCAUAAUUAUAAUAAUACGGAACAGAGAGCUCCUGCCCUAGACAGACCUCUGGACAGACCUUUGGACAGACCUCUCCUUCCUCGACCUCCUGCGCAGCAACUGCCCAAACAAACUUUCAUGAGCACAGGUAACCUUCCUUCCAUGAAUUUAUCUCGACCCCAACAACUCCCCCAGCAACUUCCUCAGCAGCUUCCCUUGCAGCUUCCUCAACCAUCACCUCGCCAGAUGCCAAGCUACAGAGCCGAGAAGCGCAGCGGCAUUCCCAAGUCACGCACCUUCAACGUACUUUCCACUCUAACGUCUUCGUUUUCGCGCGCGUCGCUAUCCGACAAAAACAACAAUAGCAGCAACAAUACCAAUCGCAGCAAUCUACGUCGUCGAAUCGGAUCGCCAAUCAUGGCUCCCGCUUCUGCCCUCGCUUCCUUCGACAACCACGGUAACGGCAACGGCAACGGCAACACGUCCCUAACCGAAGGAAACAAUAACAAUAACAACAACCCUUCUUUCCCCUCGGCCGUAAUGACGACCCCUACCCUAGUAGCUUCUUCGUCUACUACCCCCUCGUCCGCCGCCGCCGUCCCGACCAUCCCCGUCCAACGCAACCCGCGCAUGGUCUACGCGGCCAAGGACCCGCCGUACUGGACGGGCCGCUUCGUCGCGAUGCAGGACAAGCUGCGCAACGAGAACCUGCGCGGGCAGACCCUGAACGCGAUCACGACCGCCACCAUCUCGGAGCAACAGCACCAACAGCAACAAGCCGCCGCCGCCGCUUCUUUCCCGACCUCGCACCACAGCAUGGCUGACAUGCCCGGCGUCACCACGCAGCUCCUGUCGGGCGAGGCCGUCGCCGCGGUCCAGGCCGCGUCGGACAUGACGGACGACGACCACCGCAUCCGCCGCGUGUUCCGGCACCUGGAGGCGCUGUGCGCGAACCGGUCCGCGCUCGACAGCAUGCACGAGUUCCAGCAGGACUACGCGCGGCUCGUCGGCAAGAAGGGUCUGCUCCCGCCCGGCUCGACCUGGGAUGACUACGGUGAUGGCAACGGUGACGAUAAGGAUAAGGAUAAGAAGGCAACAGGAGGAGGAGGAGGAGGAGGAGGAGGUGGUGGAGGACAGGGUUGGGUCGGCCGCAUUUUCAGCGGUAGUAGCAGCGGAAGUAAUGGCAAGAAGAAGUAA